AUGGCAGGACCUGAUCCAGGACCCGGCAGCUGUGCAUAUCCCCCAUAUGCUGGAAAACCCGCUGCCUGGGCUGCCAGUUCAUACCAAUGGCAUGCUGUGCCAACGCAAUCCGAGCCACUGCCAGUACCUGGUGACCUAUAUCAAUACAAUGCGCAAGCAUUGGCAGCAGGCGCAUGGCUGGACCCAGCAUCCCUACCAGGGGCAUGUGCCUGCAGAGGUCAAAGCACAGGGCAAGCAGGAGCUGCAAUAGUUAUUUCGCCAGGUAGCCUGGCAGCAGGUGUUCCCAACCUGCAGGAACUCGCACCUGGUGCACAUCUAAUUAUCACGGCCAAAAUCAAAGCGCGCGCCGCCGAUGAUGAGCAGCAGGCGCGCGAGACCGCCGACAGCGAGACCCUGCAUGACGCCAACCCCUGGCUGCGCAUGACGCGCUGGGCGCGGUACCUGGCCGGCGUCCACUUCCCCGAUCUGAUCGACGUCGUCACCCCCCCAGACCCUGACGAUGCAGACCCCGCCAGCCAGGCCACGCAGCGCGUGUGGGACGCCAUGAUCUGGCUUGCCUGCCAGCCCCUGAGCCAGCUGACGGGCUUGCUGAUGGGCCAGCUGAUGGGCUUGCCAGAUGGGCUGGGUGGGCCUGCUGAGCCUGCUGACAGAGCUGACGGACUGUCAGCGCGCUGGAGCCCCGAUCCGAUGGCCCCCGACCUUGAUCCCCGCCGCAUCGAGCCGUUUGUCAUGACCCCGUUGGAAACGACAUGCCUGGAGUUCUGCAUCGAGCUGCUGAACCAGAAAAUCAAGGUCCAUGAGUAUGAGAGCCCGUUGGUGUGUGCCAUGGCGGUCUUGGGCCGGGGGGAGCAGGGCUGGCGCGACACCGACAGCUAUCCCCCCAUUAUAUCCCGGGUGCUGAAGGUGGCGCGGUUCCUGGUGGUCCAGAAGGCGCUGUGGCUUGACCCCGAACAUUGGGAGAUCAUCAGGAUGUGGGUGGCGGCCAGCGAGCAGGGCGCCUGGGCUGGGGAGGCUGCUGACCAGGAGCUGGGCUGGUUGAUGGAGGAUGAAGGGUAUGCAAGCGCGCCCAGUCCGCCAUCCAGUAAUGAGACUCCCUCAUCCCCGCCCCAGGGCAGGGCUAUUACUCGAAUGCCGCGCUCCCAGCUGCUGUUUCAGGCUGGUGUUGACUGGAUGGUGCAGAAGUUCAUGGUCCGUGGCCAGCAUGGUCCCGUCGAGGUGCUGCUGGAUUGGCGGACGUUUGGGCUGAAGAUUCACUACAAUACAACCACCCCCGGGCAUGUCACCUGGAUGGGGCAGGAGCGGCUGCUGUACAAGGAAAUGGACUUCACCAUGGGCCACCUGCUGUGUCAGCCUAAUCAGGAGCAAUGGCCCCCCAUCCCAUGGCACCAGCUGUUUGACAACCCCACCAAAGGCACCCCCGGCUGGAGCUUCCUGCAGGACCCCCGCACCCCGUGGCCCGUCACUGGGGGGACCUGGCUGGUCGACCGGAUUGCGGGCGAGCCGGCGGUGGCCCGGGCCUUCACCACCCAGGGCGCCGUCAGCCCAACCAAACUGCAGAAGUACUUCCAGCAGGUGGCGCGGUUCAAGGAGAAGCUGGCGCUGGCCAUGCACCUGACAGGCGGUGCGCCAGUGCGGGCGCCAGAGCUACUGAGCAUCCAGCAUGUCAACACCAAAAACAACUGGCAGCGCAACAUCUUCAUUAAGGAUGGCAUGGUAGUGGAGGUUGGGGAGCUGGUGGUGUGGUAUCUGUGGCUGGUGCUGCUGUUUGUGCGCCAGCUGGCAGUGACCUGGGGUCAGAUCAGGCCCAGCAAUCCCAGGCCCAGCCCUAGGGCCAGCAAUCCCAAUCCCAGCAGCUCGAGCCCCAGCAACCCCCAACCCAGCAACGCCAGGCCCAGCAACCCCCGAGCCAGGAACCCUGCCCCCAGCCCCCCCCACCGCAGCCCGUAUGUAUGGGGACCUGACGUCGGCACCGGCCGCGAGUGGCCCAGCGAGCGGCUGCGCGAGGUGCUGAAACGGGAGAGUGAGGCCAGCAUUGGCGCCCAGCAUGCAUUAAACAUUACUAACUAUCAAGACAUCGCCGUUGGCAUCAGCCGUCAGUUUUUACGCCCAUCAAGCAUAUUCCCCAACAACAUCCAAGCUGAGCAGGAGCAGGAAAUGGCUGCCAUGGAGGUGGAUAAGGAGGAGAGCAUUGGCAACAUUGCUGACAAGCAGGCCGGCCACACCCCCCAUGUGGCCGGCAUGGUGUACGGCCGCGAGAGCACCGAGUUUGCUGGCAGCACGACGACGCGCCGCCUGCGGUUUUGGGAUAUAGAUAAGCUUUCCAGUGUCAGUUCAGGCUGUGGUGCUGAGCCAAAGUUUAUAUAG